UGCCGCACGUAUAUCCUUAUUCAAAAAUUACAAAUUUUAAUCUUAAUUAAUUAAUAACAAAUUUUGAUACCACUUUGUUUUCAUCACCACCUUAAAAUAUUGUUUUUUCUAUGUUGACCCAAAAAAAAAAAAUAGUUAUAUUCAUCCUUUUGUUAUUUUGUUCAGAGAUUGAUCACCCAAUUGAAGAAAAUGAGGAUGGAUGAAGAAAUUUUCUUGGCCAUGUUGUUCAAGAUAAGGAAAACAUGUUUGGUGAAAGAGUUGAUUGUCAUUGCUAUGGUGGCUAUGUUUGUUGCAGAUGCAAUUGAUACAAAUGAUGUUUAUAGUCCAUGUCAAGAUGCUAAAGUUCAGACUAGAGACGGUUUUACCUUUGGCAUUGCGUUUUCGAGCAAACAAGCUUUCACACCGGAUAAUGGUCCACAGCUUUCGCCUUGUGACUCUCGCCUUAACCUUGCAGGCAAAGGAGCACAGCUUGCUAUGUUUAGGCCAAAGGUGGACGAAAUCUCCCUACUUACCGUUAACAGCAGCUCCAUAGACCUGGCCAGAGCUGGUGGAUAUAUGGUUGCAUUUGCUGGACAGAAAUAUGCAGCAAGAUCACUACCAGUUAUGUUUGCCGACGAAAGUUACAUAAUUAUCAGUUUCACUUUGGUUCUUGAAUUUCAAGAAGGAACCCUUCAAAACUUGUUUUGGAAAAGUUUCGGCUGUGAUUCAUGUUCCGGUGGAAGCGUUUGCCUGAAUAAGCAAGACUGUGCAGUGCCAAACACACAAUGUCAAAAGAACGGUACCGCUGCCUGCAACAUUGGCAUACAGCUGACAUUCUCAGGGACUGACAAGAAUCUCGAUGCUCUAAAUUCUUGGUAUGAAGUGAAAAAUCUACGGCAGUACUCCCUCACCGGUCUAUACACAGAUCUCCGUGAUUCUAUUAUACGAGACUAGAAAUUUUUUAGUUUCCAUAUUUCCAGCUUAUAUGCAUAAGAGACUGUCCCAUUUAGCUCUUCUUUGAAUUCAAAAUCCCCAACAACUUGGCUAUUUCUAUUUACUCUAAGGUUGUUGAUUGCGGUUUUCUGCUUAACAAGAGAUGCAAUUAUUUUGAACUGAGCAAAAUGUAGACAGUAGACACACAAUGACAAAGGCAUA